CAAAAAUAAAAUCUAUUCUUUGGAUAAAGUAACCACUGUGGUCGUUAGCUGACAGUUCCUGAAACACAGUGCAUGUUCCAAAGACUUUGAUCAAUGAAGGCUUUGAAUCCAAUAAUCUCCUCAAACCCAUGUCUUCCCAACACCCAUUUCCUCAAAGUUCCUAACUAUCAUGUCUCCUUCAAAUUCAAGCCAUUCCCACACAACAACCAUGGUGCAAAGAGAGCUCACACUUUCUCAUUCACCACCAUCAGCUGCAAGCUCAAAAGCUCUCAAGAUAUCAAAAACAAGGAGGGGAAGAGCGUGUCACAGAAGAUUGUCUUGUCAGAAGCGUCUCCUCCACCGCUCACGGAGGAUGAUGGUGGCAGUGGAAAUGGGAAUGUUCCAGUGAGCUCAAAGAACAGAGGAGGCAUUUUUUGGGUGGCUAAGAGGUUGAGCAGAAAGGUACUGCAGAUUCUGUCUAAUUUGCCGUUGGCUAUUGGGGAAAUGUUCGUCAUUGCUUUUCUAAUGGGUUUAGGCACUUUUAUUGAUCAAGGUGAGUCCCCUGACCAUUAUUUCCAGAAGUACCCUGAAGAUCAUCCUGUGCUAGGAUUUUUCACUUGGAGAUGGGUUCUCGCUCUUGGUUUUGAUCACAUGUUUUCAUCUCCUAUAUUUCUGGGGAUGUUGGCUCUCUUGGGUGCAUCCCUUAUGGCCUGCACUUACACAACACAGAUCCCACUAAUCAAAGUUGCAAGAAGAUGGUCAUUUUUGCACUCUGCUGAGGCUAUCCGUAAGCAGGAAUUUUCAGAAUCAUUGCCGAGAGCAUCAAUCGAAGAUGUUGGUACUCUAUUAAUGGGAGCUGGAUAUGAGGUAUUCUUGAAAGGACCAUCUUUGUAUGCUUUUCGAGGGCUUGCAGGUCGGCUGGCCCCUGUUGGAGUCCAUAUAGCUAUGAUAUUGAUAAUGGUUGGAGGAACAUAUAGUGCUUCUGGUAGCUUCAGAGGUUCAGUCAAUGUGCCCCAAGGGCUGAAUUUUGUUGUAGGAGAUGUUCUCAGUCCUAGCGGUUUCCUCUCCACUCCUACCGAGGAUUUUAAUACAGAGGUUCAUGUGAACAGAUUCUACAUGGAUUAUUAUGAUAGUGGAGAGGUUUCACAGUUCCACACAGAUCUUUCCCUCUUAAACAUGGAUGGGAAAGAAGUAAUGAGGAAAACAAUUAGUGUGAAUGAUCCUUUGAGGUAUGGUGGUGUCACCAUAUACCAGACAGAUUGGAGCAUUUCUGCUCUGCAAAUACUUAAGGAUAAUAAAGGACCUUAUAACUUGGCUAUGGCACCUCUAAAGAUCAAUGGAGAUAAGAAACUUUAUGGUACUUUUCUACCUGUUGGAGAUAUUAACUCUCCUGAUGUUAAGGGAAUAUCUAUGCUUGCUCGUGAUCUGCAGUCAAUAGUCCUUUAUGAUAAGGAAGGAAAAUUUGCAGGAGUUAGACGACCUAGUUCGAAGCUCCCAAUCAACAUUGAUGGCUCAGAAAUUAUUGUUGUUGAUGCAAUAGGGAGUAGUGGCUUGGACUUAAAGACUGACCCAGGUGUUCCAAUUGUAUAUGCUGGAUUUGGUGCUCUAAUGCUCACUACUUGCAUCAGCUAUUUAUCUCAUUCACAGAUAUGGGCCUUACAAGAUGGGACAACCGUGGUUAUCGGAGGGAAGACUAACAGAGCAAAGAUGGAGUUUCCAGAGGAGAUGAACCGCUUGCUUGAUAAGGUCCCUGAAUUAGUUAAAUCAUCCUUAUCUAACCAAGGUGGCAGCAUUAGUGGUUAGCCUAUAGCUUCUGAGAAAUCAAGAUGGGAAAAGAAGACUCUGCAAUUGGAUGGUAGAAACUUAAAUGGAUAUGGCAAAUGCCAAAUGAUAAAAUACUUUGACAUACAAAUACAAAUUGAAUGAGAUCCCCAGCAAUUGUCUUUGUUGGCUGAUCAGCCAAUGAUUUUGCAGAACAUAUUAUAGGACUUUAUUUAGAUGCGAGUUCAUUACAUGUAUAUUUCUUGUAUUUUUUUUGUUGAUAGGGUCAAAUACCCAGGCCUUGUGUUAGAAGAGUGAAGAUGAGUACAGAGAAAGAUGUGAGAAAUAUAAUAGAUUGAUAUGAGUUCAUUUUCAUUACAUA